GGCGCCUGCGGCUCAGUCAGGUGUGCAGGCGCGGAAGGCACCCCGGGUGGGUAUGGCGACCUGGUGGCGUGCGUUUCCACGCGCAGCACGGCGCUAUCCGUGGCCCACCAACGUGCUGCUCUACGCCGGUCUCUUUUCAGCGGGUGAUGCGCUGCAGCAGCGGCUGCGGGGAGGCCCGGCCGACUGGCGCCAGACGCGGCGCGUGGCCACUCUGGCUAUAACCUUCCACGGGAACUUCAACUACGUGUGGCUGCGCCUUCUGGAGCGCGCGCUUCCGGGCCGCGCGCCGCGCACGGUCCUGGCCAAGGUGCUGUGCGAUCAGACUGUCGGUGGGCCGAUUGCCCUCUCUGCCUUCUACGUCGGUAUGAGCAUUCUCCAGGGAAAGGAUGACAUAUUUUUGGACCUGAAGCAGAAAUUCUGGAAUACAUAUAAGAGUGGUCUGAUGUACUGGCCUUUUGUGCAGCUAACCAACUUCAGCCUUGUCCCUGUGCACUGGAGAACAGCUUAUACAGGACUGUGUGGUUUCCUCUGGGCCACCUUCCUCUGCUUUUCUCAGCAGAGCGGUGAUGGCACAGUGAAGUCCCUGUUCAUCUUCUUUCGCAGGAAAGAGGUGGGUGACGGGCCUCCAGAGAAGUGAGGAGUCCAGGACUCCCUUCCAGACUCAGUUACAUUUCUCCAUUGCUCUCAAUCACCUGCAGCAGGCCUGCUUCACUGAGCAGUUACUAUGGGCUCCAUAGGCCACUUGUUUCAAAAUGAUUGUUUUAACUGUUAUCCAAACCCUUCCUAUUCAUUCCAGUCUGAAAGUCUUAUUUUCCUGAUGUUUUCACAUCUCUAGUGCUUUGGUUAAAAUUACAACAGUGACAGGUGAUAUUUUAGAGUUAUUAAUUCGUUUAUUCUAAUAUAAGACCAGUUGCAUUAAAAAAAACCCUCUAGUUUUGAUUGUUUAUAUUUCUAGCCUAAACUCUCAGGCAAUUUCCUACACACUUUGGGAUCAAAUUGCCUUUUGUCCUUAUAGUAAGUUUCUAUCUAUAUAGAAUUCAGCCAAGAAGAUUGAAUAACCAGCCUCCUCAGAUACUCAAUAAUAAUUUAUUAUACACCAACAAUAAAAUUCUAUAAGCAGAUGUUUCUAUCUUCAAAAAGGAAUAAUGUUGGAUAUCUGCUAUAGAAUAUUUUAUUGUUGCUGUCUACUUGUUUUCUUUCUAAGAUAGGGUCUCUCUUUGUGUAGCUCAGGCUGCCCUGGAACUUACUAUGUACCUACCCCAGGUUGGGCUUCAGUCUUCCAAGUGCUGAGAUUACAGGCAUGAGCCAUCAUGUCUUACUCCUCUACUUUUAUAUUAUACCAUUCAAGUGUACUACUCUUUAAUUGAUAUCUUCUAGCUUUGAGAAGAUACAAUUGACAAGCACUCUAAUUCCUACAUACAUGAAAUAAAAUAUUUGGCUUCUUAAUGAACUAUAUUAAAUGAAAAUUCUAGAAAACUAAUCAUUUUCUUCCUCUCUAAGGAAGAACUCUAAUCUAUACUCUACCAGUGUACACAGUUUGCAGUAAUCCUCUUGCCUCUGCCUUCCAAAUGCUGGAACUACAACAUGAGCCAUGCCUGGCUUUGUGUGUGUGUGUGUGUGUGUGUGUGUGUGUGUGUGUGUGUGUGUGUGUGUGUGUUUAUGGUACUAGGGAUAGAACAUAGAGUCUUGCACAUGCCAGGCAAAAGCUCUGUCACUAGCUACACCCCAGGAUGCUGACAGUAUUCUUUUAUAAUUCAGUGCUUUAAAGUGGACUCAAGAAACAUCAGCCAGUCUUUCACAUUUAUUCAGUUUAUCUAAUCUCAGCCAGCCACCAUCAGGUUUCAAAAUUAUAUAAAUAACAAGGUGUGGAGGUGUGUGCCUGUCUACUUGGGAGACUAAUGGAGGAGGAUCACUUCAGCCUAGGAGUUCAAGACUGCACUGGACAAAACAGCAAGUCCCUGUCUCAAAACUACAAAAAUAAAAAAUUUAAGACUAUGACUAUCUCAAGAAAUUUCAACAAUCUCUCCUAAAAAUGACCCCCAUGGGUCUGUUGCUUCUACUGGCAUACUUGACAAAUUUCAAGACGUGAAACACUGAAUUCUGAGUUUAUCUUGAGAAUGUACAUUUAAGGUCAUUUUUAGAAUUCAUACUUAAAUUUCUAAGCAAGUAAUUUAUAUGGUUUGUAAUAUGUUUGUACUGUCUAAGUGACUAAGUUAUUGGAAUGUAAUAGAUAUGAAUGUAUUUUAUGUUAGGGCAAUAGUAAGAACAUUUCUUGGUGACUGUAUGCUUUUGAAAGUUGGCUGACUUUAGUGGCCUGCCUGUGUUCAGUAGGUGGGAAUGGGAUCCCUGGGGCUUUACUUGAGCAGCUGAAUGGAAUUAAUGAGCUCAGGAUUCAGCAGGAGAUAUUGCAUCAGUUUGGAUGAGAAUGGCCCCCAUUGGCUCAUAGAUUUGAAUACUUAAUCAUCAGGGAGUGGAACUGUUUGAAAGGAUUAGGAACUGUGGCCUUGUUGGAGUGGGUGUGGCCUUAUGGAAGAAGUGUGUCACUGGGGGUGGGAUUUGGGGUUUCUGAAGCCCAAGCCAGGUCCAGUGUCUCCCUCUCUUCCUGUUGCCUGAGGAUCCAGUUGUAGAACUCUCAGCUGUUUCUCCAGCACCAUGUCUGCCUGCAUGCCACCAUGCUUCUCACCAUGAUGAAGGGAGCAGGUAAAAGCACCGUGGCCUGAAUACUGCCAUUUUGACUUCAGACUCCAUUUUACUUGCAGGGUUAAAUAAAGUUCUGGUUCCCAAGUCCUAGGAGAGCUGGGAACUUUCCAAUAGCUGAUCCUACCUCUCCCUUAAACAAUAGAAAUAAUCACUAUGCAUCUUUAGUUCCCUAGAAACAAUAUGACUGUUCGUAACAACAGAAGGAACAAAUGAAUCUGAUUGGUUGGACUGAAAGGCUUGCAUUGUAUAUUGAUUAACAAUGAAGGAACACCCUAAUUGCUAAAUCCUGAUUGGUGAAAAUUGUAACUGUAACUUGGCAACAAAUGUUUGUGAUUUUUGUGCUUAUAAACCCCACUUCUGCCCUUUCUUGGGGCUGUCAGGAGAAACAAGGCUCCUAAGUCCUUGUCCUGCAGCCCUGAUCAAUCAGUGCCCCGUUUAUGUGGUGACUUAAUAAAAUCUUUGGAACCCAUAA